AGGGUAUCAUAAUCAACACCUCCACGGCCUUGGAGCCUGGCUCGAUCAAGGCCUGGCAACAGCAACCCGAAAAACCCAGGCUUUACCCGGUUGGACCCAUCAUCCAGAUGGAACCCGAUGACCAGAAUUGUGGGCAGACCGAGUGCUUGAACUGGAACGAUAAUCAGCCAACUGGGUCCGUGUUGUUUGUUUCAUUCGGGUCCGGUGGAAGACUCUCUCAUGAACAGAUCACUGAGUUGGCGCUAGGUCUAGAAUUCAGCGAGCAGAGAUUUCUGUGGGUGGCGGGGCCUGUGGAUAAUCUGGCCGGAGGUGGAUACUUCACCGUCGAAACCCAGAGCCAACCGCUAUCUUUCUUGCCGGAAGGGUUCGUCGAAAGAACCAAAUGCCGGAGCCAAGUGAUCCUCACUUGGGCACCGCAGAUCCAAGUCCUCAUACAUGAAUCUACCAGUGGGGUCUUGACUCACUGCGGCUGGAACUCUAUUAUCGAGAACAUACUGCACGGCAAUGGCAUGUCGUUCGUGGCUUACCCGCUCUUCGCCGAGCAGAACAUGAACGCGGCGCUGGUGACAGAUGAUAUGAAAGUGGCGCUGCGGCCGGAGUCCGGGGAGGAGGACGGGGUGGUGGGGUGGGAGGAGAUAGCGAGGGUUGUGAAAAGGGUGAUGGUCGGUGAAGAACCCAAGGCCUUCCGGCGGAGAAUGAGAGAGCUGAAGAGCUUGAGCGAAGAUGGCGAUUCUACCAAAGCACUGUGCGAGGUUGCCGACAACUGGGUUUAAUAAUUUAAGUUCUGAAAUGUUAUUUUAUUUUAACAUUUAA